UUGUUGUUUGCCAGCGGUGAGCGGACGUGUUUGUAAGUUGUAAGCGCAACUCGCACGUGUAUAUAACGUGGCUAUUAACUUAGUGUAGGUUAAACAUUUGCAAUACGGAGUAGAACCAUAUACAAAAUGGUGACCAAGAAUGCCGAUCAAAUGAAAGCGUUAGCGCUCAAAUUGUUUGAGAUCAAUGCAUUUAAAUUUGGCGAUUUCAAGAUGAAGGUCGGCAUCAAUUCUCCGGUUUACUUUGAUCUGCGUGUCAUCGUCAGCUAUCCAGAUGUUAUGAAAACCGUAUCCGAGUUGCUGGUGGCUCACAUCAAGGAACUGCAGCUGAGCUCGAAGCACGUUUGCGGUGUUCCGUAUACGGCUCUGCCACUGGCCACCAUUGUAUCCGUGCAGCAGCACACACCGAUGCUGGUGCGCCGUAAGGAGGCCAAAGACUAUGGCACCAAGAAGCUCAUCGAGGGCAUCUAUCACGCCGGCGACACUUGUUUAAUUGUCGAGGAUGUAGUCACCUCCGGUUCGAGUAUUUUGGAUACGGUGCGUGAUCUGAAAAGUGAAGGCAUUGUUUGCACGGAUGCAGUGGUUGUCGUCGAUCGGGAACAGGGCGGCGUUGCCAACAUUGCCAAACAUGGCGUUCGCAUGCAUUCCCUGUUUACUCUUUCCUUUCUGCUGAACACGCUGCACGAGGAGGGUCGCAUCGAGCGAGAGACCGUGGAUGCGGUUGCCAAGUAUAUUGCGGCUGUCCAAAUAAACAGCGAUGGUUCAUUCGUUGGCGGCGAUAAGCCACAUGAGGCGGCCAAUGAGUUCUCGCGCACCAAACUGACCUACGAGAGUCGCGCCAACUUGGCCAAGAGUCCGUUGGCCAAGCGUCUGUUCAACCUGAUGGCCACCAAGAAAACGAAUCUCUGCUUGGCCGCCGAUCUGACCAAGGCGGAUGCCAUUCUGGACAUGGCUGACAAGUGUGGACCAUACAUUUGUCUGCUCAAGACCCAUGUGGAUAUUGUGGAGGACUUCACUGAGAGCUUCAUAGUCAAUCUGAAAGCGCUGUCAGCUCGUCACAAUUUCCUGCUGCUGGAGGAUCGCAAGUUUGCGGAUAUUGGCAACACGGUGGCCCUGCAGUAUGGCAAGGGUAUCUAUAAGAUAUCCGAUUGGGCGGAUCUGGUCACGGCACACACGCUGCCCGGACGGAGCAUUGUCCAGGGCCUGAAGGCGGCGCUUGACGGCAACGAUGUUGCCAAGGAACGAGGCGUUUUCCUUUUGGCCGAAAUGUCGGCCAAUGGCAAUCUGAUUGAUGAGAAGUACAAGGAGAACAGCAAUAAGAUUGCCACCGAGGGUGGCGACGUCGACUUUGUGACCGGUGUCGUCUGUCAGUCAACCGGUUGCUUUGCCUUUCCGGGUCUCAUACAGUUAACGCCGGGCGUUAAGAUCGACGAGAGCGUCGAUAAGCUGGGCCAGCAGUAUAACACACCCGAGCAUGUGAUCAAGGAGCGCGGUGCCGACAUUGGCGUUGUUGGACGGGGCAUUCUCCAGGCGGCCAAUGUGGAGAAGGCGGCGCUCACCUACAGCGAUCGCCUCUGGGCCGCCUACGAGGAGCGUGUGGCCAAGUGAUCUUUGACCCGGGUCGGGACCCGACCACGUUGACCUCAAUCGUAUUUCCAAUUUGUAUAAAAAAAUAAGUUUUGCUAUUUGGCCUUAAAUUAAGCACAAAAAUCAUAUUCCAUAUUGAAAGUCACUUAUAAUAGUUAAGAAUUUUUGAAGAAAACAAAUUUUAUAUUAAGUUAAAAGUUGACUAAACAAAAAGAGAAUACAACAAUUGAUGAAAUGUAUGUUUGUUUCUAUGUGAUGUAUGCAUUUGUGUAUAAUUCAUAUACGGUAUUUAGUAAGAAGCCAAACACUGCAGGACGUAGCUAUAAUCGCCGGAAAUAUCAUCCUGUAAAUGAACCGAAAGAAAAAGAAUAUUUGAUUUGUUUAAAACUGGAAAUUCAACUUGCAAACGGUUUGUUCCAUUUUUAUUAUUUUGUUAAUAACAAGCACAAACUACUGCAGAAUUUACAAAUAAAAUGUAUACAAAAUAUGUGAAAA